AUGGCUUCCACCACCGCCAGCGGCGGGUCCGAGUACGACCUGCUCAACAAGCUCGCCCCCAACCUCGACCGCCACAUGAUCUUUCCCCUUCUCGAGUUCAGCGCCAGCCAGCUUGUUGACGAGGAUGGACAGGUCAGGGAUGAAGCCAAGGCGCGCCAGAUCACACAGGCCAAGUUUGCGCUCACGAAGCGCACCAACAUGACCGACUACGUCGCCAACCUGUACUGCGAGCUCGAAGGCCUCGACGAAGCCCCCGCCGAGUACACCGAGAGGAAAAAGCAGGUCUUCAGCCAGCUGGAGAAAUACGAGCAACAGACCGCAAAGAUCACAGAGCUCCUCGAGCGCGACGACGUUGUUAAUGCCCUCCGAAGCGACAAGGUGGCCAACUUGGAGUUCUUGAAGCGGGAGCACGAUGUCACCAUCGACAUGGUCAACGCCCUCUUCGACCUGGGCAACCUUCAGUAUAGCUGCGGUAACUACGGUGAUGCCACUGAGACCCUCUACCGCUUCCGCGUCCUUUCCACAGACAACGACAAGGUCGCCUACGCCACAUGGGGUAGACUGGCUUGCGAGAUCCUCACCAUGAGCUGGGAGUCGGCGUUGGAGGAGGUUCAAAAGGUCCGCGAAGUUAUCGACUCGAAGCUGUCGCAAAACCCCCUCGCCCAACUGCAACACCGGACUUCCCUCAUCCACUGGGCUCUCUUCCCCCUCUUUAACUACGACAAGGCCCGUGAGCCCAUCCUCGACCUCUUCUUCAACGCCGGAUACAUCAACACCAUCCAGGCCAACUGCCCUUGGAUCCUGCGCUACCUUGCCGUGGCUGUUAUCACCAACCGCACCAAGGCUAAGAACAUGGGGGUCCAGCAGAAGCAGAUGAAGGACAUUGUCCGCAUCGUCAAGCAGGAGGCCUACGAGUACCAAGACCCCAUUACCCGCUUUGUGCACGCCCUUUGCAUCGACUUCGAUUUCGAGGAGGCCCAGCAACAGCUCGUCCUUGCUGAGGAGGUCCUCCGCGGCGACUUCUUCCUUCUUAACCAUGCUGAUGAGUUUGUCGACUCGGCCAGACAUCUCAUCUUCGAGAGCUACUGCAAGAUCCACGCCCGUAUUUCCCUUACCGACCUCAGCGCACGGUUGGGUCUCAACGCCGAGGCUGCCGAGAAGUGGAUUGUCAACCUGAUCCGCGACACCAGGUUGGACGCCAAGAUUGACUACAAGGAGGGCACAGUUGUCAUGAACCACCCACCGACCUCUGUCUACCAGCAGGUGAUUGAGAAGACAAAGGGCGGUUUCUUCCGGACACAGGUUUUGACUUCUGCGGUUGGUGGCAGGUCAUAAGGGAGAGCAGAUGGUUGAGGAUGUGCUUGCUGUAGAAGGAGAUGCCGGGACCAUGACAUUUGCUUUUGUUACCCCUUCAAAAGAGAGAGAGAAUGGGGGAAUUUCUCUCAUCAUCCAUCCGGAAAGCCGGAGAGAGAAGAUGGGAGCUCCACGGGUUUGGCAGGUGGGGAGGCGGCGCGGCGUCAAUCUAGACAUUUCUGGGUGAGGAAUAGGAGGAGACAAAGCAAAAAUGGUUGAUGUCUUUGCAUUGCUCUCACGGUUUACCACAGUGGAAUUGGAAGCGAUGUAAUAUACCUCAUUAUCAGGCGUAUUGACAAAAAUGGCUUAAUGGACUGUUUUGAAUGAAGCUCUUCUGGUGUGUGGCCCUGUAACAAAAGCUCAAGGCUUGAUGAGCAGCCCAGAAACGGUGUCAUCUUUCUCAUAGGAGCGAGCAAAUGUCCAGGAGACAGACUUUCAUGCCAUUUCUGGGAUAUUUCGCUUCACUCCAUCUGCCUCAGCCUUCCGUCAAGAAGAAGUGAAAUGACACCAUUUCCCAGCGUCUCAUUUCAGCACUUUCAACCGCCAUAAAAACUGGUAGACCACCACUCGCCGGAGCCGGUCACAUGAAGAGCGUUUGCCGCACUUGCUCACGCAGACCUGCAUUUUCUUCUCGUCUCAUUGUGCCAAGGCAGAGCCUGGUCUUCUCUACCGUACUUAGAAGAGUCUCUUGCCACGACGUGCUUCCCCUCUCUUCCUCUUCCCCCACCUUCAUUGCCGGUUUCUCGGCGUCCUUGACUCUAGUCUUCCCAAGAGGCAAAAGGACUUCUAGAACAUCAUCGUCCCUUCAGACAUCAAAAUGCCCCCUGAACGGCAUUUCCGGGUUAAACUUUGGUACUGCCACCGAUGCGGCGGAGGUCCUUAUAACGAGCAAACACCUGUUUGUUUGGAUCUUCACUGCCAGCAUGUGGGGCCUUGCGAGCAGUGUAUUGUUCAAAAUGAAUGGGUCCCUCGUUCCUGAUCGUGGGGACUUGAUGAAGGGUUUGUUUUGAGGAGGGCGUGUUGCUGGAUUGUGUAGAGUGUUUGGAAAGAUGUUUGUUGUGGUGUGUACGUGCGGGGACAGAUCUCAGCUUUAUGCAUCACUGCAUAUUAUUUGAUGAGAUGGCCCUGUGAGAUGUAGUCAGAAACUUGCGGAUAGUUCCUCACUUGAGAAAUACACAAUGAUAGGCAUCCAGGCAUGCCACGUUUGG